AGUAUAUAAAAUAAAACUAGAAGAAUAGGCUCUUCAAAUCUUUUAUAGUAACUGACUUAUCAAUACAUACAAUCAUUUACAAUCAUGUCGCAUCAGGAGAAUAAUAUAAACAUAUACUCCUUAAUAUUUUUCUCUAUUUUUAUGGUGGCCAAAGGAAAUCUGUGCACUCCCGGACUAGUAACAGAUAUAUAUUUCAAUGAAAGUUCGAUCCUAACCUGGUCACAAGCAUUAAACCCAGAAAAUUGCUCAAUUACGAGUUACGUAAUCAACGUGUUUGACAUACAAAAUGGUCUUCAGUUGCAGUUUCAAAUACCUGCAACUGAUUUGAGCUACAACUUCAAAGAUAUCUUAAACAUGUGCCAAAUAUAUACAUUUGAGGUGCACGCCCUAACUAACGCAUUCGUCCUAGGACCGUCUGAUAAAAUUAAUGGAACUACUUCAGCUGCCAGCAAUAUGAAUCUGUCGCUCUUGUUGUGGACCAACCCUACAGAUGAUUUGAGCGUAACCUGGAAUUUGAAAGAUUCUACAGUGGGCAACUGCGUCUCGUUUUAUAGAGUGGUCUACUGGGAUCUAGAUAAUAAGCCUUCUGACAUCUACGUUCCGGAAAAUACGUUUAAUUUGCUUAAUAUUACUUCUUGUAUGAUCUACCACGUGCAGGUUAAUGCUAUUGUGGUUAAUCCUGAUUUGGAAGGGCCUAUUAGUGAAGUUGCUCUUCAGUCUCCUAGCAGCAUUCCUAAAUCUCCCCGUUUUGUAAAUAUGUCUUCAACCAGUAACGAUAAUACAAUGUUCUGGGGAUUACCAAAAUUUAUGAAUGAUCGUUGUGCAUUAACUGGGCUUACAGUGGUUACAAUUGGUGCUCCAGAAAAUAGUUCUGUAAUCACUGUACCAAUAACAGAUAACUUUGUUAGGUCUGAUGUUAAAGUGGUUAUACCUUAUCUUGACCCAGAUAGUGUUUAUAUUAGUUAUGUGAGUUUACAAAAUAAUUAUGGCUCUUCAAAAAAUAUUACUGUAUCGUUCCAGACAAAUAGUUUAUAAUUUCAUAUACAUAUAGACAUAUAAUAUACUUAUUUUAAA